ACCAGCCUCUCUGUCCUCUUGCCCCUGCCCGGCCCUGCAGGAAGCUCCCCACCAGGGCCAGUCCCCCAGGGUGUGAUCCGCAUCUACAGCAUGAGGUUCUGCCCCUAUUCGCACAGGACACGCCUGGUCCUCAAAGCCAAAGGCAUCAGACAUGAAGUUAUCAACAUUAACCUGAAAAACAAGCCUGAUUGGUUCUAUACAAAACACCCCUUUGGCCAAAUUCCUGUCCUAGAGAACAGCCAGUGUCAACUGGUCUAUGAAUCUGUCAUCGCUUGUGAGUACCUGGAUGACACCUACCCAGGAAGGAAGCUGUUUCCAUACGACUCAUAUGAACGAGCUCGCCAAAAGAUGUUAUUGGAGCUAUUUUGUAAGGUCCCACGUUUAACCAAGGAAUGCCUGGUAGCUCUGAGAUGCGGGAGAGACUGUACAGGUCUGAAGGUCACCCUGUGUCAGGAGUUCUGCAACCUGGAAGAGAUUCUUCAAUAUCAGAACACUAGCUUCUUUGGUGGAGACCAUAUAUCCAUGAUUGAUUAUCUCUUCUGGCCCUGGUUUGAGCGGCUGGAUGUAUAUGGACUAGCUGACUGUGUGGCUCAUACCCCAAUGCUACGGAUCUGGAUAGCCACCAUGAAGAAGGACCCUGCAGUCUGUGCCUUGCUCAUUGAUAAGGGUAUUUUUCUGGGCUUCUUGGAUCUCUAUUUUCAGAACAACCCAAAUGCCUUUGAUUUUGGGUUAUGUGACCCAGACUCACAGUAAUUUCUGCACCACCCAGAACUCCCAGCUUGUCUG